GCGGGGCUGGGGGUGAGCGGGGCUGGGCGCCAGCAUCGCCCUGAGGGCUUCGCUCUCGCUGUGAGGGGAUGGCGGUGGAGCCCGGGCUGCUGUGAGGGGGCUGCGGCCCCUCCUCGCCGUGAGGGGCUCGGGCCGCGCCCUUUCCCCAUCCUGAGGGGCUCGGGCUGAGCCACAUCUGCCUGUGAGGGGCUGGAGCUGCGCCCCCUGCCCACCUGGGAGGGCUCAGGGCGGACCCCGAGCCCCUCUGAGGGUUUUCCCAGCUGGGCUCGCCCCGUCCGAGCCGCCCUCCGGCAGCCCUGAGGGCUCUCCCCUCAUCCCUGCUGCCUCUCGGUGUGCUCAGGAGGAGCCCCUUCCCCAUCACCCCCUUUUUAAAGAGCCCUGCCUGCUUUAUGUAAUAUUUUUCAUCGCUUGGAUGCCUCGGUAUGAGCCACUAAUCCGAGCAGGAGCUGAGUUAAUCCCUUUUGCAGCAGUUUUGGGGCUGGGGACGCAGCCCAGGUGUGCAGGAGGAGCAGGCCACUCCUCUCCCCAGGGCCCGGCCCUGAGCCCACCCAGAGCACCCCAGCGCCGCGGGCAGGAUGAGGGUGCUGCUGGCCAAGCUGCUGUGCGUGCUGGGGAUCUGUGUGCUGGUGCUGGCCGGGGCCCUGCUGCCCGUCAGGAUCCUGCAGGGUGACCACGACAAGGCACAGCGCUCCCGCAGGGCCCUGGCGCUCUGCAACUCCUUCGGCGGCGGCGUCUUCCUGGCCGCCUGCUUCAACGCCCUGCUGCCCGCUGUCAGGGGCAAGCUCGAUGAAGUCCUCAGGCAGAACAACAUCACCACAGACUACCCGGUGGCCGAGACCAUCAUGAUGGUCGGCUUCUUCCUCACGGUCUUCGUGGACCAGCUCUUCCUCACCCUGCAGAAGGAGAAGCCCUCCUUCAUCGACCUGGAGACCUUCAACGCCGGCUCGGACGCGGGCAGCGACUCAGACUACGAGAGCCCCUUGGCGGCGCCGCGGUGCCGCGCGCCGGGCGGGGAGCGCGGGCUGGCGCUGCCGGAGCUGGCGCGCCGCGGGCCCCGCCGCCUGCUGGGGCUGGUGCUGGCCCUGUGCGCCCACUCCGUGUUCGAGGGGCUGGCGCUGGGCCUGCAGGAGGACGGCGCCGGCGUGCUCAGCCUGUUCCUGGGGGUGGCCGUGCACGAGGCGCUGGUGGCCGUGGCCCUGGGUGUCAGCAUGGCCAAGGCGGCGCUGGCGCUGCGCGACGCGGCCAAGCUGGCGGCGGCCGUGUGCCUGGCGAUCCCGCUGGGCGCCGGCGUCGGCGUGGGCAUCCAGAGCAGCCGCAGCGCCGCGGGCGGCGUGGCCUCGCUGCUGCUGCAGGGCGUGGCGGGCGGCACCUUCCUCUUCGUCACCUUCUUCGAGAUCCUGGCCAAGGAGCUGGAGGAGAAGAGCCAGCGGCUGCUCAAGGUGCUGUGCCUGGUGUUGGGUUACGCCGCGCUGGCCGGGCUGGUGCUCAUCCCGUGGUGAGCGGGGAGCGUCGGGAAGCGAAAGGGAGCGGAGCGGGGCCUCUCCCCUCCCACCGGCACCGGGAGGAGCCGCCCCUUUCGGCGCUGGGACAGCCCAAGGCGGGCGGGGAUUCCGUGAGGAGGAGAAUUUCCCGUGUGCUCAGAGUGAGGAGUGUCCCGAGGGAUCGAGGGGCUGCAGGGAUUAGCGGACACUGGGUAAAAUCUGCUUGCAAGAGCUCCUGGAGUGUGCGUGGCUUCCUGCGCUGCCCAGAGCCCGCUCUGCCUCCUCCCCGUGGGCCGGGAGCUCCAGGGGCUCCGAGGAGGUGAGGAACACCCAGGAACGGAGGCAGAGCAGGUGGGAGCAGGGAUUGCCACGCUGCACUAAGCUGCUUUCGCUGGCUUAGUUCAGAGCAAAACCUGGUUGUAAGAGGUGCCAAAAAUAACAUCCCUGUGGGGCUGCAGCCCUGUGGGCCCUGCUGCCUCUGCACAGCUUCCAGCUCCACCUGGGGCUGGGGGAGCUCAGCUUUUCCAGGGGUUUGUGGAAAAAAUGAGGCCGGGCCUUUCUGCCCUGCUUCCUUCUCAGCAUCCUGUCCAUAGGCUGAGCAUUCCCUAAGGAAAACCUCGGGAAUCAGAGGAUGGAUCCCAGGAUGGGUUGGGGGGGAUCCUUAAAUCCCAUCCAGUCCCAGUAUCCCAGGUUGCUCCCAGCCCCGUCCAGCCUGGCUUUGGACACUUGUAGGGACGGAGAGAUCCUCAUGUUAUCCAGGACCUGGGAUCCCUGAGCUUGCAGGAAACGGGCAAUAACAAUUCCCAGCACUGAUAUUUUGGGGCAAACCCCUGUGCUUUCAGCUCUGGGGAGCCAGAGAGGCUGAGCAGGGCCCAUCGGGGGCUGCUCCAAGGCUUUUCCAGGUCUCCAAAGGAACGGAAUCGCCUCCCUGGGUGGGGAUUGGAGGCGAUGCUGAGCCGGGAGCAGCCCUGAGCAGCUGCAGAGCCCCGGGAGGCUCCGUGAGCCCUGAAUUCGCCCUGGGGAGAGCCAGGGGCCGGGAUCAGAGCCUGGAGCCGGGAAUCAAAGGCCGGAGCUGGGAAUGUGCUCUCCCCCAGCUGUGAAACACAGCCCGGCUCAGGCAGGGGCUGCAUUUUAAUUAUCCGAGCCUUGGCUCCUGCAGCAGCUUCCGCCGGGCUCCUGGAAGCGCUGAUGGAAUUACAAGGAUGGCGCAGCGCCGGCAGCGGGAAGGAGGCGCGGGGCCUCCGCGGUGGCCCAGCUGCAGCAUAUGGAGGCAGCUGAGCAUCAUCUGACAGAUCCUGGGGCUCGUUAGUUUAAUUGCUGCAACAUCCCCGAGUCAAUUAAUCUUCCUUUGAAAACCUGGAGUGGAAGAGGGGGGCGGCGGAGGGAGGUUAUUUUGGGCCUGGCAUGACACAGAGCAGCAGGAUGAGGAGAACGUGAUUUGCCUCGGCGUGGCAGAGCCUCGGGGCUGUGUCACCUCCCCUGGGAGGUGACCUCUGUCCUGUGGGGGACGAAGGGGGAGAGGUGACAGCGUGCUGAGUGUGUCACCUCCGUUUCACACCCUCCUCCUGCUGCAGUUUGGGAUUUUUGGAGGGGCUGUGAUGCACCGGGGGGUGCUGAGCUCCCCGUGCUCAUCCCGCCGCCCCGGGGGGGUUCAUCCACGGGCUCAUCCCGUGCUCCGGGCUGGAGGAGGAAGAGGAGGAGGCCCUGCUGCUCCCAAUAAA